AUGAUUCAUAGCGUGCCAAAUUUUCCACCCUUAGGUUCUUACUCAUAUCCAGCGACCGGCAUAAAAUUCGGUCAAACUUUUUUGUGUCUCAGUCUUCCUACACAAUUCCUUGGUGAUAUCGGGGAACACCUGCGGUAUCUUCAAGCAACGCCGUUCUUGUUCAACUUACCCGAUCAAUUCAAAGAAAGAUUCCCCGUUCUCGUGAACAUCGUCAAGAAGCAGUCACUGCCGAAGUCGGCCACGCAUUUCACACGAAUUGCUCAACUCACCACCAUUCGUGGAAUGGCGCUGAGGAGCUUCGCCAAGCACAAAAAAUUCAACAAAGAUCUUUGGUUCGAUCUGGUGGCUCCGGAGCUCGGCACAAACAUGGCAGUGGAGAGCUGGUUGAAUGGUGGAGCUGACGACCUAGACAGCAUUUGUACGAAAAGAACAAGCAUAUACGAUGUCACCGUAGUGAGCCUGCCAGACGUGUCAUUCAACAGUUCACGAGAUCACUCCAAAUGGGCUGUGGCAGAUACCGAAGGACGAACAUCAAUCGUAUGCGUCGGGGAUUUGAAUCGACAGGUGCGAACAGUUUUAUUUGCGAUUCUGAUGAAAGGAAUUCAGACUAACAAAAACUCAAAAAUACGUCAGUGUCAGACUAUUCAACGGAAGAAUAAAAUGGCCAGGCAAUGUUUUGCGUCCUAA